AUGAAUCCGAACAGACGGGCUGUCCAUCUACACGUUGAAUUCAAAUCUGAUGCAUGGGUGACUGCCUUCAACCUGACGAUCCAGUUGGCUAAGCUUUGCAAGUUCUUUGGAGAGUGUUACUCAAAGGCGAGCCCAGAGGAGUUUGUUGUAGCGGUUCGGACGUUGGUACCAAGCCUGAUGGAUCCUGAGCAAGACUUCCACGACGUCCAGUUUGGUUCAUGUGAGGCGGUCGAUGACUCCUCCAUCGAUUCUGGGGUCUUCUAUCGUUGUAUCGACUUCAGGACCGAUCGAGAGUUGAUCAGCUUCCAUGGCCGAUGA